CUGCAUGUUAUAGAGCUGCAUGUUAUAGAGCUGCAUGUUAUAGAGCUGCAUGUUGUAGAGCUGCAUGUUAUAGAGCUGCAUGUUAUAGAGCUGCAUGUUGUAGAGCUGCAUGUUAUAGAGCUGCAUGUUAUAGAGCUGCAUGUUAUAGAGCUGCAUGUUGUAGAGCUGCAUGUUGUAGAGCUGCAUGUUAUAGAGCUGCAUGUUGUAGAGCUGCAUGUUAUAGAGCUGCAUGUUAUAGAGCUGCAUGUUAUAGAGCUGCAUGUUAUAGAGCUGCAUGUUGUAGAGCUGCAUGUUAUAGAGCUGCAUGUUAUAGAGCUGCAUGUUAUAGAGCUGCAUGUUGUAGAGCUGCAUGUUAUAGAGCUGCAUGUUGUAGAGCUGCAUGUUAUAGAGCUGCAUGUUAUAGAGCUGCAUGUUGUAGAGCUGCAUGUUGUAGAGCUGCAUGUUGUAGAGCUGCAUGUUAUAGAGCUGCAUGUUAUAGAGCUGCAUGUUAUAGAGCUGCAUGUUGUAGAGCUGCAUGUUGUAGAGCUGCAUGUUAUAGAGCUGCAUGUUGUAGAGCUGCAUGUUAUAGAGCUGCAUGUUAUAGAGCUGCAUGUUAUAGAGCUGCAUGUUGUAGAGCUGCAUGUUAUAGAGCUGCAUGUUAUAGAGCUGCAUGUUAUAGAGCUGCAUGUUAUAGAGCUGCAUGUUAUAGAGCUGCAUGUUAUAGAGCUGCAUGUUAUAGAGCUGCAUGUUGUAGAGCUGCAUGUUAUAGAGCUGCAUGUUAUAGAGCUGCAUGUUAUAGAGCUGCAUGUUGUAGAGCUGCAUGUUAUAGAGCUGCAUGUUAUAGAGCUGCAUGUUAUAGAGCUGCAUGUUAUAGAGCUGCACGUUGUAGAGCUGCAUGUUAUAGAGCUGCACGUUAUAGAGCUGCAUGUUAUAGAACUGCAUGUUGUAGAGCUGCAUGUUAUAGAACUACACGUUAUAGAGCUGCAUGUUAUAGAGCUGCAUGUU